AAGAGUCAACAGUUGACAUUUGUCGAACAUUCGAAUCAUAUUGUUGUCAUUCUCUAUGCGGAUUUGAGGAUAAAAAUGUUGUACAAUAAUUUAACAUUUCUGUUCGUUGUGAGCUGUGUUUGUUUUGUCAUUGCUGACAAUGUGGAAUUGUUCGAAAAUGCAGAUUCAUUACUGGCGUGCAUGGAAGAACUUGGUGUAACCGAAGAACAAGUACAGGAAAUGGAAGACGCUACUGCACCCAACGAUGAUUAUUCGUGUUUCUUUGGCUGUUACUUAUUAAAGGAAAAUAUUAUUUGCGAAAAUGGACAAAUGAACGAAACAACCGCUGCUGCAUAUUUUGCAGAAAUCGAAGACGCAAACGAGAAAGCAAAAAUGGAAUCAAUUAUUGCCGAUUUUUCAAAAGAAUUAUCAGAAGCAUCCGAUACAUGCUCUGCAGGAAAAGUUGGCCAGAAAUAUGGUUAUUCCAGAAUGUAAAAUUUAGGAUCAAAGUCGGCCAAAUAAAUUUUACACAAUUAUUUUACAAAGUAUACUAUUCAAACAUAGACAUUGCAAUAGAAUUGUUUUUUGUUAUACAUCAGCAGCAAGUGUUAUUCAGAAGGUGCUUAAUUCAAUGAAAGCCUUGAUGAAGGAAUUUGAAUUUAAAUUUAAAAAAAAACAGUAGUAAUCAAAUCGGAAACCAAUGUAGUUCAUUUUCUGCAUCAUGUUUCUGUGUGUUUGAAUUAAGAAUAAUAAAGUGUGAAUUUGUUUGUGUGCAUCUAA